AUGGUGCUACACAGGUGCAUGCUGGUGCUGACCGCCCUGCUGCUGGUGUGUGAGCUGGUCAUCAGCCACCUCUGCAGGUCCCUCAUCAUCAUGGUGGAUGGAUUCCACACGCUCUUCAUCCUCAUGCACAUGGCUGUCCCCCUUUUGCAAAAUGAAAGCGCCAAAGGAGCGUCGGAUGAAUCCCAGCUCCUCUCUGUCAACCCCAGUCCAUCCCCACCUGGCACCUCCGCCUCCACAGACUCAUCGAUCAAACCCGAACCUGGCGUCCGGUCAGCCACCUGUGACCCAGAAGUCACCUCUUCCACCUCAUCUGCUCCCCCUCCCGCUCUGGAUCCCUCUCCUGUCCAUGCAUCAGUCUCACAAGCUAAGUCAAAUCAACUUUUCCCCCCAGUCUCCUCCAGCGUCGCCCCAAAAACCCUCCAGUCUCCUCCGGCUUCCUCGUGUGGUUUUUCUUACAUGCAUAUGAGGGCUGAGACUGUGGAGGCCAUGAUCUCAGCUCUCCUCCUGGCCUCUUUGUGUGUCUCUUACUGCAUAAAGAUCCUCAACAGCGUCAUGCAGCCCCAGCCAACGCAGCGCCCCCUUAUGGCCACGGUGGUAGGGGCCGUCAGUGUGCUCCACAAGCUGCUGGUCCUCGGUCUGAGCUGGGGUCAGCUGCUGAACCUCAGGGCAGGAGCAGCCUGGGAGGCGGAGUCUCGUGGAGCGAGCAGGAAAGCUCCCACAGUCAGGGCAGAGGAGGAAGCCAAACAUCAUGCAGUGCAGGGGCGUGCCGUGGAUGAUGUCAGCCAAGUCCCAUCUGCUAUGGACGGGUCGCUCUACAAUGGAGCGCUUGUCCUCUGUAACCCGGGAACCUCCAGUGUCCCACACAGCAACUCCCCAUCACAAACCCAGAAUCCACCACCAGGGGGCCCACUGGGCGGUGGGCCCUGUCACCAAGCAGUGACGGACUGUGUGGAUUCAGCCAGGCCCGGCUCAGACAGACAGGAGCGUGAGAAAGUCUGCAAGUGUGAAGCUUAUCCACAUGACGAGCUCACAGAGACGUCCAAAUCCAGCACCUGCGUGGGACAUUUCGACAACCAAAAUCCACCUCAAACAUCUUCAGUCUAUACUCACAACAUGAAGAGCUCAUGGCCGAGGGCCUGGUGGUCCGACUGUCUCUCGUCCUUCGUCUCUGUCGCCCAGGCUCUCGUCAGCUCCAUCCUGGCUCUUAUCAGCGGGCUGGUGAUGCUGCUGGUGGGUCCAGAGUGCCUGCACAGCUCGCAGCUCUGCAGCUUCCUUAUCUACCUGGAUCCUGGCCUGUCCCUGCUGGCCGUGAUCGCACUGCUGGCCACAGCUCUGCCACAGGUGUACAAGUAUGGACUGCUGCUGCUCCAGGCCACCCCUCCUCAAAUCUGUGUGUCGGACCUUGGGCAGAGGAUUGUCAGUGUGCCGGGAGUCCAGUCUCUGCACGACCUCCACAUCUGGCAGCUGACAGAGACGUGCAUGGUGGCCUCUGUGCAUGUGCACUGUCAUGCCGAGUUUCAGACUCACAGGUGA